UACGCCACUUGCCUUAGAGCAAAGCUCUGAAGAACAGACGGUCGCACAGGCGGACCGGGGCUCUGUACCAGGUAUGUCCUCUUGUUGACCCAGUUGAUUGGCUUAUUCCUGGCAAAGAGAGGACAUAACCGACGUGUUCUUCUGCUUUAACUCCUUCUAGCUACACUACCAGAUGUUGAGAUCGAAAACGAUGACCUUCAGCCUGCUAGUAGUGUGUUUUUUGCCGACCCGCUUACUCAUGAGGUUCAGAAUCUUCAGGAUCCUGGCUCUGUACCAGAGGCGAUGGUCAGCGAUUUGUUUGGGAGUGCUGAACCACCUUCUACAUCUCCCAUCUGGAAUGCUACCGUUCUGAAUUCUAUCCAGACGGAGUCCAGAAGUGGGCUAAAUGCCGACGUUCGUUCUAGCUUAUUGGCUAGGCACGAAAUAAAGGGAGAUCUUGCGACGCUGGUGCCACCAAAACUUAAUAAGGAACUCGUUCCUGCUCUAACUCCCUCCAUUAUUAAGAGGGAUGCAUAUCAGUUGCUCUUGCAAACACAACUGUGUGCCUGUCUUAAUGCUUUUGGCUCGGGCAUAUCUGUUUUAUUAAAGCCGACUGUUUUGCAAAGCCUAGACGACGAAGCAAAGUCGGUUCUGAAGUUGUUUGCAGAAGGGAUUCAUUUACUCUCCGACCUCCAGUAUCGCCUUUCACUGACCAGAAGAGCCUUCACUAAGCCUUCCCUGAACAUCCUCGGUAAGAAUGCAGCAGAGAUGGCUCCGAUUGACGAUUUUUUAUUUGGACAGAAUUUCGCGGAAACCCUUAAGGCAGCACAGGCUUGCGAAAGGACUGGCCGUGAAUUAUCAAGGUUAACAGCACCCUAUGGUUAAACGUUUCUGCAAAGGGGUCGCAGCCCUCAAACCGCCUCGUCCGAGAUAUGAUUAUGUUUGGGAUCCGGCUCCUGUAAUCGCCAAGCUCUCUUCUAUUUAUCCGUAUGAUUCAGUAGAUUUAAAAACUAUUACUAGGAAACUCGUUAUUCUUCUUGCCCUCGGGACGGGUCAUCGCGCUCAGACUCUCUCCUUAAUGAGAAUUUCGCACAUUUCAUUAAGCGAGAAAUUAUUAAUACGAAUUCCAGAUCGUAUUAAAACAUCGGCGCCAGGUCGAGCUCAACCUUUUUUCUGUUUCUCUCGCUUUGUGGAACAUGAGAGUCUUUGCAUCGUCCGUCUUAUGGAGAUCUACAUAGAGAGAACUAGAAAACUGCGACCUAGCACAUGUGAUUUUUUGUUUAUCGCUUUUAAUAAACCGUAUAAAGCCGUUUCAGCACAGACGGUAGGUCGCUGGAUCAGGCAAGGUUUAGAAGAAUGUGGCAUAGAUACCACCGUGUUUUCAGCCCAUAGUACUCGUCACGCUUCAACCUCACGUGCAGCAGACAAGGAAGUCUCUAUCGAUCUCAUUAAACGUGCGGCAGGUUGGACGGGCGAAUCUCGAGUUUUCGCUGAUUUUUAUAAUAGACCCAUUAUCAAUCCGGAGAACUUUAGCAAGGCAGUCCUUUUGUCAUAAGUUUUUCCUUUUACUGUCUUUAUUUCUUGUAAUAUCAGAGGCAGGAUAUAUAGAAAUAAGAUCCUUUAAGUUGUUUUGUUAGUCAAAGAGACUGUUCUUUUCUGUAUUUUAUAUUUUUUAUAUUCAUUCCGGCACAUGUUUUUUCUUU